AUGGAUGUUUCUGUGCCUCCCCUGGCGGCCGAGGAUUCAGUUCUCGAUCUAUCGCAGGUGAAUGGAAGGCGUCGCAGCCGCAGCAAGACCCGCCGUGGAAAGCAAACUCCUAUGUCCAGCAGCGAAUCCGAAGCUAAUGAAGAGCUUCUUAGGAUGCAACGCCGCCGCCGAAGCAAGUCGCAUCCGCGUAGCGCCUCCAAUCGGCGAUCUGCUGCGGUUCGCCCACGUGGCAAAUCCAAGCACUGCGAUCCGGUGGCACUAUUCCAGUACUACCAGAAGGAGUGGGCUCAUUUUCGCAGCCAGAUACCCGGCGAGAAUUCCCGCUUCGGAGUACGCAGCAAGCCAAUGGGCCUGAAGAAGUGA